AAUAAAGCUGCCCGUGUGUAGACCUGCACUCCGGCGAGACGCCCGGAGAGCCACCAUUUACUCGGUCCAUGACUCGCUAUGCACCGGCCGCCUGCCAUUGGUUCGGCGACGAGUCCUGCAGGACUUGUCGAUGCAGUGGGUUUUUUUUCGUCACAAUAGCGACGGCGCAAUGCUAUUUGUGCAACCCCCGCUUCGUGCCUCUCAUACAUCAAGUUGGGAUCGCCCCUCGAAGUUGCCCGUUCGUCCUGCCACCCGUUUGAUGCCUCCAACUACCCGACCUCCUGCGAUGUCAUGAACUAGACGCCAGCUAUAGGUUCUUGGAAGUGUGUACUUUUACCUGUUCACGAUACAUUGACAGUUCACACAGCCAGGUCGCACAGGGUGCGAUCGCUAGCGAUCAAGCUCAAGGGAACCUCCAACUUAUACAUCAUCCAAUAUGGACUCCCUCAGGUCCCUCGCAAAGCGUGUUAAUGUCGUCGUGACGGCAUCGACGACCCAGAAGGAGCAAGCGGAGAUGAGUCGAGAUCCGUGGUCGCAAUCCGCGAAAUAUGGCUACGGUUUCGUCUACUUUGCAAUUGUGCUGCUGGUCACCACAUCUCUGGUUCGAUUCUAUCACAUAUGGGGCGACAAAAUCCGGAUUGCCAAGUUUAAGGAGCAGCAAUCAACGGUUUUCAGUAGCUCCCCGCACAAUGUCUCCACCCCCGACGAGUACGAACUGCCCAGUGCUGGUACGGAUGCUUCAAGUGCGCACUUCUUCCCGGCGCCAACCCAAUUACCUCAGAUCAAGCGUCGAGAAUCCCUGGUACAACGGUUGAUUCCGCUGCAGAGGGUUAUCGCACUGAUGCGCUGGAUUUUCUAUCGACCUAUCCCGGUGGUCAGAAUCGGAAGUGCGGAAUUCGUCUUUCCAUCUCUAGCAGUUACGAUUAUCGUGCUGGCUGCUCUAAUCUUUGUGGCUUUGUAUUGCUUCCUCCCGCAGCCCUUGUACUACUGGACGAUUGCUCUCGGAUCACCGCCAUUGGCGAUUCGAGCGGGCAUGCUUGCAGUUGCCAUGGUCCCAUGGAUUGUGGCGCUUAGCACAAAAGCCAACUUCAUCUCCAUGUUCACAGGAUUGGGCCCGGAGCGCUUAAAUGGACUACACCGGUGGUCCGCCUAUAUUUGCCUAUUCCUGAGCCUUGUGCACAUGGUACCCUUCUACAUCACUCCGAUCUGGGAGGACGGCGCCAUGAUCAAUUACCGCAAGUUCAUCACGUUGCCCAACAUGUACGUGUACGGCAACGGACUCGCGGCCAUCGUCCCUCUAUGCGUCUUAUGCAUUCACUCGCUCCCAUUCUUCCGGCAUAAAAUGUAUGAGCUCUUCGUUUUCAUCCACAUCCCUGUAUCUUGGAUAUUUGUGGCAAUGCUGUUCUGGCAUACCAAGAACUUCCUGUCAUCCUGGGGUUAUCUCUGGGCAACCGUUGUGAUCUUAAUUGUCACAUACGUCAUCCGUUUGUUCUAUCUCAACUGGACGAAUCCGUUCCAUCUAGCAUCCUUCAUGAUCGGAGAAGAGUCUGCGGUGACACUACUCCCCCAGGGAGCCAUAAAAGUGACGAUUCCGACACAAAUGCGUUGGCGCCCUGGGCAGUAUGUUUACUUACGCAUGCCGAGUAUCGCCUUCUUUCAGAGCCACCCAUUUACUAUUGCAUCUUUAUGCAGUGAUGACUUUCCGUCUAAUUAUGGCGAGGAGUACCGUGACUGUACCCUUGUGUUCCGACCCUCCGGCGGAUUUACGCGAAAGGUGUUCCGCAAGGCUCUGGAGAAUGGGCCUUUCCGAACGUACACGGCCUUUUUGGAGGGACCAUACGGUGGCAUGCAGCGCGAGAUGGCCGCCUUUGACGACGUCAUCUUCUUUGCCGGUGGUAGUGGAAUCACUGCAAUUGCCAGUCAGCUCCUGGAUUUGAUUAAGAAGAUUCGGGAUGGCAAAGCCAUUACUAAAUCGGUUAAGGUCAUAUGGGCACUAAAGAACGCCGAGACUAUGGAGUGGUUCCAAGAAGAGCUUCGAAUUUGCAAAGAUCACGCUCCCGCCGGUAUUUUGCAGUGCCAUUUCUUCCUGACCGAUGUGAAAGACGAGCAAAAAGACCGUGAUAUUGUGCAAGAGAAAAUAUAUGGAAUGCUCCAAGGCAUCGACAAGCGGAACUCUGCAUAUAUCCGCGAAGAAGCCGGAGGCGACGCUGAGAGGGAAAAAGAACUACGUCGCGAGAACGAAGACGGACUCGCCGCUCUGCCUGGAGCAUAUACUGCCUCCCACAUCGCUAAUAACCGGCACUAUUACCAGCCAGGAAUGGAUCCAUGUGGUGCUGGGCCACACGGGUCAAACAACAAUGUUCCGUUCGACUUUGGAUUUGGCGGUCCUCAACCCAUGCAACAGAGACAACCAGCGCCGACACCGCGCUACGCUUAUUUCCAACCCGGAUUGAGGCGAGACAAUUGGCGGACAGAUUACUUCCGUCCUGACAUCUCGCAGAUGCUCACUGAGUUCUCGAGGAGCUUUGGACGGCGAGCUUGUGUGUUUGUCUGUGGGCCCCCCAGCAUGCGUGUGGAAGUUGCCAAUACCGUGGCCAAGCUCCAGCAGCAGGUUAUGACGGGUUCAUCUAAAGAUGAGAUCUUCCUGCAUGCGGAGAACUAUAACAUCUAAUCUAGUGCUUUGCCUCGUUUGCUGCGCCUUCAUUCAUUGGAUACCCUUGGCGUUGAUUUAAACCUCUUGUUUGACGGCGAAUAAACGCUCGAUCGUUACCUGUAAUUAGUAUAUCUCAAUAAAGUAUAUAUCCACUGGAUUCUGUCCGACAACG